AUGGCAGAGCAAUUGAGACAGCAAGAUUCCAACGGAAUUGAAGUGAAAGACAUGGAAACCGAAGGCGAUGGUGAGACGGCAUCAUCUCAUACAAGCGAAGAGAAGAUUGAAAACAAUGAUGAAACGCUACGAAGCAGGGUUAAAGUUUGGUAUGCGCUGGACUGCAAUUUUAAAUUGCCCGCUGUACAAGUUUGAACAAUCCAGAGCACCGACAACAUUACGAAUGUGUGUGACAACACUUAAAUUAAUAUACACUCGAACUGUAUAGUUGUUAAAAUUAUAUAAACUUAUUCUUGUUAACAAAACUGUGUAUGAGAAAAAUGUGAACAGCUUGAGUGUAUUUGAAUGUGUUUUUCUAUUAAAAACAUUGUGCGCACUUAUAUGACACUAGCGACAUAUUUUGUGGAAAAUAUAAGUUGAGAGACAAAAUAAAACCGGGGGGGUUUGCACGCACUGGAGAACAUUUGGUGAAUAUUUGAUGAAAAUCGGACUGAUAUUGAGCGCACAGUAGCGAUUUUCCACAAAACGCCAAAAAGGGUGUUCUGUAACCUUAAUGGUGGAAAACACUGCGAAACGAAUUGGUCAAAUGACCCCGUCGACAAUUUCGUACAUAAAUAAACAACAUAGGGCAACAACAGAAUAAAGGAAAAGACAAUUGAGAACAGAAUAUAAGGAAAUGCCAAUAAGGAUAAGGAAGAUAAAGAUAAGGAAGAUGAAGAUAAGGAUAAGCAAGAUAAAGAUAAGCAAGAUAAAUAUAAGGAAGAUGAAGAUAAGGAAAAUAAGAGGAUAAAGAUAAGGAUAAAGAUAAGGAUAAAGAUAAGAGGAUAAAGAUAAGUAAGAUAAAGAUAAGGAGAUAAGAAGAUAAAGAUAAGGAUGAUAAAGAUAAGGAAGAUAAGAGGAUAAAUAUAAGGAAGAUAAGAGGAUAAAUAUAAGGAAGAUAAGAAUAUAAAGAUAAGGUUAAGGAAGAUAAAUAUAUGGAAGAUAAGGAAGAAUACUGGAUAGAUGCAUAAAUGAAUAUAUAGAACAAAUACAUCAACCUAUUAUCACUUACAGCUAGACGUUCGUGGUGUGAACAUGUCCUUUCCAUGCAAUAUAUAUGCCAAAGUAUUUUCAACAUGCGGCAACCUCAAAGCAAACCAGUUGAAAUCUCAGCAGGAUCUGCAGUUUUGCAGCAUCCUUUUAUGUGUAUCGUAGUUGGGUGUACACAAAGUGGCAAGACUGUGUGGGUGAAAUCUCUCUUGGAGAAAGCACAGAAAACAAUAAGUCCACCUCCUCAACGUAUCAUUUGGUGUUAUGGUCAAUGGCAGCCAUCUUAUUUUGAUAUGUUGGGGACGAUGCCUGGAAUAGAGUUCAAUAAAGGCAUUCCCGACGAUAUCGACAACGGAGAUUACUUGGACAUAUCGCAAUGGAAUUUGAUCAUAUUGGAUGAUCUUACGGCACAAUCCGGCAAAGAUAAACAUAUUUCUGAUCUUUUUACGAAAGGAAGUCAUCAUCGAAAUUUGUCCAUCAACUAUAUUGUUCAAAAUAUAUUUCAUCAGGGCAAAGAAAUGAGAAAUAUCAGUCUAAACGCCCAUUAUAUUGUGCUGUUCAAGUCACCAAGAUAUAGAUAAGCAGCAAAUUUCUAUGCUUGCAAGGCAAGUAAAUCCUGGUAGAGUGCAAGAAUUUAUGAGGAGUUAUAAAGAUGCUACAAGUCGACCUAAUGGGUAUUUGAUGUUGGAUUUAAAGCCAACAACGAGUGAUCAAGAUCGACUUAAGAUGAAUAUACUUCUCGGCGAGAUUGCAAAGUUUAUACAAAAACAAUCGUAUCAACAACCACCGCUUCUAAAUGCAAUGUAUGAUGCCAAGUAGCGAAUGAAAGAAAUCAUGGAAGCGGCACAGCUUAGCGCCGUGGAAAAAAGCAAAUUAUAUUCUGAUCAGCUAAACCGGUUUCUUGUAUUCAAAAAUAAGAUGGCUCAUUCUUCUCCUGGAAUUCCUGCUCAAAGUAUCCCACAAGUGCUUGCAGAGAUGCCACAACCCAAUGAAUCUGUUGAGAUAACACCACCAGUACCUGCUACUCCUAAACCUAAUUUCCUUAUGCCACCACCAACAGAAGAGGAACGACCAAAACUCAAGCGCAACUUUCUCCACAAUUGGGUUGACCCAGCAGAUUGGACCGAACGUGACCUAGCACGAAUGACUCUGGAAGCAAGAGGAUUAUGAACGUUUUAUAUUGAGCGACAGACCAAAAUAUAUUCCAAUGAAGCCGGAGAAAAUUGCAAAGUUAUUCCCAGAAGACAGACAAGAAUAUGAGAACUCUUUAAAAAUAACAAGAACACCUAGACGUUACGCUCUUAGAAGUAGACCGUACUAAGUUUUAAAUCUAAAUUUUUGUGUAAAUUUUUGCCCGCAAAGCCUCGCGCCAGAUUUUAAUGUCUUACGCCCUCGUAAUAGAUCUAUCUGCUAUACGGGACUUAUCUCUGCCAAGAUGGGUAUAACUCAGCUAUACAUUUUGAUAAAAAUUUCGCCAUGCAAGGGACUCGAACCCCCUUAUUUUGGGACAAACCCCAAUGCCAUACCAUUCGGCCACCAAGGCAUUACAGUUUCCUUGACAUAAAAAUCAAAUAAACUAUGCUUACACCAAACAUGUAAUUAUAUCCCUAUCUAUCCAUUGGGAUACACUUAGUUAUGCAGAUUAUUGUUUGCCUAAUCCAUUAAUUACCUAUAUGCCACCUAAUGACUUAGCAACACCUAACAACACAACAUUUGUAAAGUUUAAAACAUGUUUAUUGAUACAAAUAACAGACGAUAGUGUCAAAAAAAAUUACAACUAAGAUUGUUUGUUAAACUGUUCUACAAGUUUUUUCUCCAAGAAUUCUUGAUAAGCAAUUUUAUGAUUGGCCUCAAAACUUCUAAAUCAUUCACCUGUCGCCUUCACAGAAUACAUGUAACUCAGUGGGCAAGAGAAAAAUGCUUCAGCUGCUGACUCGAGCGGGUCUUCUGAUCUCCAAUGAAACAUAUAGUUCAGUAUACACUGUAGUUCGUGGUUCUCAGUGUUCUGAUGUGGUUCCAUCAACGAAUCAACAAACGUAGAAUCUGGAUGUUUUCCAGUUGCUGUAAAUGUUCGAGUACAUAUCUGUCAACCGCCAGUUUAAAUUCAAUUCCACACUAUGAAGCCAGAAGCUCCAGCAAGCAAGAGAGAAAUGGAAGCUGAGCAGCUUCCAUUUAAUAAUCAAACUCUAUAUUAAAGAGAGUUCUGGUAACCCAAAUAUAAUCAAACUCUAUAUUAAAGAGAGUUCUGGUAACUAUUUAUUAUUGUAGUUGGAUAAACAAAAUAGAGAAAAUACACAAAAACCAAUGGGUUCAAGAGUGCUUGACAUGGAUAUAAUAACCAAUGCAUUGAAAUCAUGUUAUUCAAGUGGAAAAGGUAUUGAAUUUAUAUUUAGAAAACUUUUCAAUUAUUUCAAACGAGAAUAUUUAACCCUUAUAUAAGGCAAAUGCUCUCACUCUGAUGAGUAACAUCUGGGGUUAGUCAUAAUGAAGGCCAGAUAUUAGCCUUACUUCACCCUCAAAAAGGGGUAAAUAUUCUGAACUAUUUAUAAUUAUUGAACAUAUUCUAUUCUUGCAGGUCCUUUAUCAUUAACAAAUAUGAUGGGGGAAGAGAAGAUGGGUCUAGCAAGUACCUUGCAUAUUUAUUGUGA